CCAACACGCGCGUAAACAUCUAUCGUGUCAUGCAAGCUAUAGGUAAAGAGGAUACAGGUAAAGAUGACACGAUCAUAUUUCUGUUCAAGAAAAAAUGUGAUGGUCUGUGUUUUUAUUCUGAUCACAAUUGUCGCCAUUGCUGUAUACAUACCAAAGCAGGGUGUUUAUACAUCAAAAGUCAGAGUUUAUGACCCACUUAUUCAACGAUUUCCUACACCCCUUGUUUUGCCUCCAUGUCGGUCACAAUUACACGUUAUUAUGUCAUUUCCGCUACUCACUAACGAUUCCAUAAAAACCGGAAGUUACUCACGAGCCACUCCAAAGAUGAUACAAGAGCGGAUGACUGAAUUUUUAACUGGUUUGCAGAGGACUUUAAAUCAUCCAUGUGUUCAUCGUGUAUACUUCCUGUACAAUCAGCUUAGCGUUAUGGAUUAUGUAAAAACUCACAUCUGGGUCGAUUUGGACAAAAUGUCGUUUCAUUUGGUAGAAAAUCCCCGGUCUCAUGUCGGUUUAUUUAAUUUCGCCUACGAUCAUCUUCAGGGUGAAAUAGCGAUUUACACCCCGGCGGAUGUUUAUCUAGGUGAAGGAUUUGAGCUGAUUAAAAAAGAUGUGUUGGCCGCGAACAAGUUGAUCUAUAUUAUGUCUCGACAUAGCCGACAAGAGAAACAUUGCGAUAUGAGGCGAGACACCACAUCUACAUCAUGCACUGAUCAAAAAUAUUUUGGAUCCCAUGAUACGUAUGUCUUCGUGCCCAAAGGGAGGUUUCCAAAAGAAGUCCGAGAUUACUUAUCAGUACCGUCUCAGGAUUAUGGCGUGGAAAAUAUGUCGAUCUGGGCUUUCGGUACUCUGGGUAAUUUUACAGUGACUAAUCCAUGCAAAGUUUUGAAAGUCUACCAUUUACAUUGCACUGGGCUACGUGAUGCAACACGGAAACGUCUUAAUACUAAAAAGGAUACAGGGAAGGUCUGGCCUACGGAUCAGUUGGGAAUAGUGUAGUACGCGGACGUUAAGCCCCACGAUAAAUAGUUGUCCGUAGUGAUGUGUGGUUAUCCGUAAAUUUCUGUUGAAUUUGUUUUAUGACCUGGGUCCAUAUUGAAAGGAAAUCUUAAGUCUAAUGUAGUCACUACUAGAUUUCAAUUAAAUAUACAUAACUUCCUGUAAGUUAAGGGCAAGUGGUGUUCAAAGGCAAUGUGAGGUAUCAAAUUUUCCCUUAAGUUAAGUUACCAUAACUAUAAGUGUUUAAUCGUUUAGUGGUAUUCAAAGGCCGCUUUAAUUGAGCAAAUCAUAACGACUCAUUCUAGCCGGAGUACACAAUGUAGUAGCAGCCCAGUUAAGAUGUGAAGCAGUCAAGAGCCAGGAUGAUCGCGACUACUUUGUUUUUUUCUAUUUACUGAUACUAUCAUAUUUCAUUAUUUGUUAGCGUAGGACAUUGUCAUUUAUAUAUAUAUUAAACAUGUAUUAUAUGUCUUAUCAUAGAAGUCUAUAGUGUUAUGUUCUUUCGUAAUCAUUUGUUUAAAUACCUUAAUUGUUCGUACCUUUAUAACCAAGGUAAUUAUAUAACUGUUAAAUUAAACAACGGAUAACUCCUACCUCCUAAAGUGAUUUAUAUAAUUAGUAAAUAAUUAUUAUUAUCUAAUGAUUGGUGUUUUGUGACAUAUAUAGUGUAACCAAUAUAUACAUUGUACUUUUAUAAUCAAUGUGAUACUGUUUAUUAGUCGUGUUUAUGUUCUUAUGAUUUGAAUUUCUUCAUGCAAUAUUUGUGAAUCGCCAGUAGGAAUAAAUGUCUCUUAUAGAUACGUCUAGAUGGCUGGAAAUUGCACGAUAGGCAAGCGUCUGAUAUUCACAAGCUACGUUUCGAUGGCACAGAAGCUCCUUUAAAGCUUCUUUCUCUUUCAGCGAGUACGGCAAACUAGGAUUGCCCGAAAAAAGACAAGUUGCGGAUUGAAGAAAAGUACGGCGAAUGCUAUUCGCCCGAAAAAGGACAGACACUGACAGAUUCAAGAACAAGUACGGUGAAUGCUAUUCGCCCGAAAAAGUCAAGACACUUACAAAGUACGGUGAACGCUGUUCACCCGAAAAAGGACAGUAAUUAAUAGAAAUAAACGUAUUUAAGCUGUAAAUACUGAUAUAAAUAUAUUUUGAAAGUUUUUUUUGUUACAUAAAGGUUUGAAAACUGAA